AUGGCCGUCAAGACAUUAGAAGUGAAGCCUUUCUCUUCACAAGAGAAUUCCUCUCUCAACCUCGGAGCCGAGAUCAACAACGUCGACCUGGAACAUCUUAGCGAGGAGGACUUCAAAACUAUUCGCAAUGCUUUGUAUAAUUACCAUGUUGUAGUGUUGAAAAACCAGGCUGGUCUCUCCCCCAAAGCUCAAUAUGACCUUACGCGCAGAUUUGAUCCCACGGCCGAAACAUAUGGCCAUGGCAAAACUCUUGAUGCGAAACGAUCAGUUCUUCACCCGGACUUGAAAACAAUCCCUCAUCAAACUCAGGUUCAAGUCAUUGGAAACGGGUUUUAUGAAGAAUAUGAAGGUUUGAAGAAUAUUACACUCAAGCACCCUCAUCACAAGGUCUUCCAUAAGACCGCUGUUUCAGAGGAAGACGAUUUGGCGUUCACACGUUUCUACCGAUGGCACAUUGAUGCUGCUCUGUAUGCCCUCAAUCCACCAAAAGUGACAUCGUUGAUGGCUGUAAAGGUUCCGGCUGGCCGUCGCCAGACUCUUCGUUAUGAUGAUGGAACUGGUGAAGAAAUGGAUGUCCCUCUUGGUACCACUGCUUUUAUCUCCGGUCAAAACAUGUACAAUUUGUUAAGCGAAGAGGAUAAGGGGUUCGUUCGUGGAGCAAAGGUAGAAUACGCACCACAUCCAUAUAUUUGGAUGUCUCCUGCAAGGUCAUGCUCCACCGGUCUUGGUAUGGUUUCCGAAGGGAAUGAGUUGCCUUUGUCUGAACUUCCUCCUGUUGAUGAGAAGGACAUCAAAAUUUUGCCUAUGUGCUGGAAGAAUCCAGUCACGGGUAACUUGGCACUUCAAAUUCAUCCUAGUGCCAUCAAAGCCAUUCAUCUACCAAAUGGAGAGGUUAUGACUGAUCUCAAGGAAGUGAGAGACUUAGUCUAUCGCUUACAGCGACCAGCUAUCAGUCCAAAAUUCGUGUAUCCACAUGAUUGGGUGGAAGGCGAUUUGGUCUUGUUCAACAAUCAAGGAGUCUUACAUUCGGUCGUAGGUGCAUUCAGUCCCGAGGAAAAGAGACUAUUUAGACAGUGCAACAUGGCUUCUUCCGAAGGAGUUAUGGGACCGGAUGGCAAGCUCUAUUAG